ACCAGUUUUGAUUGCCUCGCAGCUAAAAAGCACAGAGAAAGUCCAAUGAUCCUUACUAACAAAUUUAAAUGAUUUAAAUUUAUAUUAGUAUUUAAAGUUAAGCUAUCUUUCAAUGUCAAUUUAAUGUGAAAACGACUGGAUGGAGAAUGGAUUUUCUCUGUGCAUGAGCACAAUCCUCAGUUUUGGACAGACAGAGAGAGAGAUUAACCUUAACGAACAGAGUCUCCUGGUAUGCGGUGGUUAAACUUUGGUGUUGCCUGCGGUUACUAUCCAUCUACUCUCGUACCCCCCGCCUCCGACUAUCCGACUACCACCCGACUACCGACCAUUCCCCAAGCCAGAACCAACCAUAUGCCGUAACUCAAUCAUGUCUCAUAUCCGCCUUGGAAUGCUGCCGAUCGCAUCGACCAGGCUACCAGGGCAAUAGCAAGAUGGAUGACUGGCGUCCGGGUGCCACCAACAUGCCGAUUAUGUCGCCAUCGCCGUAUCUCCUCAGCCGCUUCACCAGCAACGUGCCCCUGCCGACGCUCUACGCCGGCGAUUCGGCGCGCAAGCCGAAGCUCUCCGUGAUCGAACUGCUGCUGUACAACAUGGCCUCCCUGCUGGCCGGAGUGGCGGCCGGAUACGAUGUUCGCAUGUCGAACGUGUCGCCAGUGCAUCCCACUUUGCUGAGCGAAGUGCCCGCUCUGAAGGCGGCGCCGAAAGCAGCGAUUACCGGACCGGAGGAGGUGGUGGAGGAUUCACUGCCGGAGCAGAUACUGGAACUGGAGGUGGAGGUGCCACUGCAGCAGCAGGAGGGCGAGCAGCCGGAUCUCAGGGAAAGCACGCCACGUAAGAUAGCCACACAAGCAAGAUUUGGUGGCAUUGAAGCUCCGGUCAGCAAAUCGCAGCCCACAUCCCUGGCCCGGCGCAUCGGAGGCAGUCAGCCGUACUACACACCUGUGCAGCGGACACCACAGCAUCAGUUGCACCAUCACCAGCAGCAGCAGCAGCAGCACCAUCAUCAUCAUCACCAGCCACAGCCAGUUCCAUCGGCCGUGGUGACAACAGUAGCGCCAUCACAACCGCCAGCCGUGGUGAGUGCACUGUAUGCCGGAACCCAGCCACCGACGCCAUCGCCACGACGCAAGCUGAGCAACAGCAGCUUCGGCAAUGCCAAUCCUCAAGCGGAUGCCUUCGAGGAGUUCCGUGUGGGCGGUGGCAUCGGUCCACCGCCACUUUAUGCGCCAGCCGAUUACCUCAGAAACGGACCCAGUUACUCCAACGAUGGCGGAAACUACCGAAAUGGUUACUUCGGUUCCAAUUACUUUCCAUACCGGCCGGAGUUGAACUACAGCUACGAGCGUGACUGCAAAUCGUAUCCGGACUAUUCCUACGACUAUAACCAUCGGCUGCCGGACUACUAUGACUACCAGUAUGAGGCGCCGCCAGUGGUGCCGCUGCCCGUGACCGUUCCCUGUCCGGUAAGCCAGACCCGUACACCACCACCGCGGGUGCCACAGAUGGGCGUAAGUGCGGCCGGACACCGACGCACUCCCUCAACCGUUUCGAACAAUUCGAAUGUCCUGCUGGAGCACGAAGAGCUGCUGUGCUACGACUACAACAAUCUCAAUCUGAAUGCGGAGUACGAGAGGGAACGCGAGCGGGAGCGGGAGCGGGAGCGAGAGCUUGACCAGGUGCCCCCACCCAAAAAGCAGGAACUGUACGCAGGAUCACCCAAGCUACUGAACCGCCUCAUCCACAGUCCGCUGCCGAUGACCAAGAGCAAAUAUGCCACGGCGGCGGUGACGCGACCGGCCAGUCUGCCCUUCGAGCAGCAUGCGCUCUCGCUGGGCUAUCAGCAAUCGGGAGCGGGUGUGGUGGUGGCUGCGCUACCACCACCACUGGCCGGCCAGUCCAAGCUGCGCAGCUCGCUGAAGAAGUACAAUAGUGGGAAUGGCGGCAAUGGGUCCACAUCCUCGCAGCAGGGCACGCCCACUAAUCCCACGCCGCCGGACUCGUUGACCAGCGAUGACAGCUCCUACUUGAGUGCCAAAGAGGGUUCCAUUGGCUCGCAGCACAGUCGGGUGCGUUUCAGUCCGGAGGCCUAUCUGGAUGCCAAUCCGCUGCCCGCCCUGGGACGUCGGAUGACGGCACCGGCGAUGCAGCUGCCGCACCAACAGCAGCAGCAACAACAGCAGCAGAGACGCCAGCGACAGGCGUCCAGUGGCAGCACUCCGUCGCCAUCGGCCUCAUCCUCCUAGCAGUCGCGCCUGGCGCUAACCUUGCAGUUGGCGCGGAGUCCGGGCGCGGACAUUGGGACCGGCGGAGGAGCCGCUGGCUUGGCGCUGCAUCAGCAGCGGGUACCAUAUCGCUGGUACUCGGGAGCCCGGCGAUCUCGAUCGGCGCACUAUGAGUACCGCUUGUGAAAGAGCAGGACAGGCUCAACCAGGCAAGCGAAAAAGAGAGGGAUAGCCAUAGCAGCUGGAAAACAUGGGAGGCGAUAACUGGGAAGAUCCCUCAUCUUCGCAGAAAGGAAUUGGAAGAGAAAUGCAAUAUCAAAGGUUGAGGAAGCGCAGAUAAAUCAAAUGGUUUUCAGGAAGAACUAGGUACAUACAUUUAUAUAUAUAUAUAUCAAACGGAUGUCAGUAGAUGGGAUGGGGAAUACUACGAAGUAUCCUUGUGGCUAAGAUUCCGAAUUGCUAUAGGAAUUCUGGAAUGCAGAAUUUGAUACCCACUGUCUGUACAUAAGAGUAGCUACCAAGUUGUUUACACCCAACUACUUAAAUAAACUUCGAUGUUAGUGUUAGCCAACUGAUAGGCAGGAAGGGAUCCUCCCGAUCGAAAUCUGCCCGAGGAUUCAGACAUACACACCCAUAGACCCAUAGACUUGUGCAGCCCCCGACUUGUGCGAUUUGCCUUAAAAGUAGAGUGAAGACUUCACUAGUUUUGCCUGAUGCCGGAUUCCAAAACCAAAUAUAUGUAUAACACACAUCCAAACGAAUCCCAAUCCCUCGUGUAAGAUUAGGCAGCCAACGGAUGCAAAUAUGGCUGAUAUAUACUCCCAUUUAUGUAUUAUACACCUAGGUAUACAUAUGUAUAGUGACGAAGGCCUCCACUUGCGUUCUCCGACUUCUGAUUCAGAUUAAGUGCAGCCAGCAAGCUAGCAAGCCAUCAACAACAAUAAUAACAAGUAAUUAGUAAUACUUUGUAAUUCCGAGGACACCGCAUCCCGAUCAAGACACACGCCAGCCGUAAGCUCCAUUUUUAAGUCUGAAAAAAGUGUUUAUAUAUUCAUAUAUAUAUAUAGUUAUAGACACCUAGAUAUAGACCGAUGUAGACGCGUUAACCCACAAAACCACUAGCUCUGAAUUGAAUACCAGUUUAACUCGAUCGAUUUACAAUUACUUAUAAUGGAUAUAUACGAGUAUAUACAUGCAUAUAUAUAUAUAUAUAUCUAUAUAUACAUAAAGAAGCAUAUUGCUGCUGUUUUUUCCAAAUACUGAAUAGCUAUAAUAAUGAUAUAAUGGCGAUGAAUUUGAACUACCUUUGCAUAUAUGUAUGUAUGCCACGUACACAGAUACUUAUUAUAUAAUCAUGUUUGUUUGCAAGGUGUUUUUUUGGAAAUAUCUCGAGCUACUCCACAAGUUUACUAAUUGAGAUAAUGCUGUGUAUAUAUCUUAAGAUAUUUCCAGGACAUCCCGAUCGCAGCAUGCACAAAUUUGAAGAAUUGAAGAUUUCGUUACUCGACUCGUUUGCCACGCGACCAAAUCCCGAAACUCUGGGCCACAUUUGCUUGGAGCGAUUGGCAGGCAAUAGAGUCCAACUCAUAUGCAUAUGCGCAUCAAUUAAUAACUAUAAUUUAGACAAAUUGUUGUUUAUGCUCCACACACAAAGCCGAAGUUAACCAAAAAUAGGAACCGAUUGACCAGAAACCAAGCAAUAUAGCCACAAAUAUCUGCCCAAAAAAAAAAAAAGAAACAAAACAAAAAAA